AUGACACUAGAUGUUUUAUAUUUCAGCGUUCAGAAUUGUGUAAUAAAAAUGCCUACCAGACCGGAGGUGCUGAGGCUGUACAAACAUUUAAUGUUGUAUUCGAAGUCCCUUACUCUUACGGAUCCUAUAUUUUUCCGACGAAAGAUAGCAACAGAGUUUAAAAAGAAUAAAAAUCUAACCAACAUCGACGAAAUCACCUUUGCGUAUCAGAAAGGUGAAGCGUUGUUGAAACGCAGCAGUGUUGUAUAAAAUGUUGAGUGUACUCCGUGGCCCCAACUUCUCAUGGCUGCCUCGCACAUUAGCAGCUUUCAAACACACUAUAGACUUCUCAAAGGUCCCCAAAAUUCA